AAAAGUGAGCGUCAAUCGAAUAAGCGCAGCAGGUGCUCAGUUGAUUUUAAAUAAAAUGUGAUUUAAGUGGUGAUUCAGGCGCAAAAACACAACCAUCGAAACAUACUAUGGCAACUCUAUGCAACAACAGCAGCAGUUGCGAACACACACAUAUAGAGCCAACAUAGCUUUUAAGUACUAUUACUAUUAAUUCCAAUGCAACAGCAACACAGUAACGAGAAGAAGUAAGCAAAUUCGAAUUGAACAAGGCACAAGAGGAGGACACACAUAAAACAGCGAGAGAAAGAGAGAAGUGUGCUAGCGACGUGAGUGAAGACAAAGUGCAACUGUUCGCCUACGUUAACGUUGUCGUCGAAAAUAAUGAUGUAAAAUUUUGGUGUGGUGUGCCUGUGUGUUAAAAUUAACGUACUGUGAAGUGGUGUGUGUGUGUGUGCCGAAAACGAAAAUACAAAAAGAUAUUACUAUUUAUUGCACACUCUAAAUUGGUUUAUAAAACUGCGACACAGAACCAGCGAGAGAGGUCUUCAAGGCAGCAGGCGCUGCAAGCGCAGCUGCGGCACCAACAAAAACAACAACGUUAGCAGCAACUACAACAAAAUUGCGACACAGCUGCAGAAUGGAGGAGAAACGCAUAGCGGAUUACUUUGUUGUCGCUGGAAUGCCGGCACAGCCGCAGCUGCUCCAGGACAACAUAUUCAAUGAUACAGGCCGUCUACGAGCCGCUAACAUCAUCGAUCCGAUCACUGAUAUCGGUGUAUUAUUUCCACUGCUCGGAGAGGAAGUGCCCGAGGGCUUUGAGGUACUGGAACAGACACCCACAGGUCUUCAGGCUAAUCUCAAUCAUGGCUCCGUGCGCACCACCGAAUGCUAUAUAUACUUUAGACGCGGCAAGGAUAGGCCACCUCUGGUGGAUAUCGGCGUACUUUAUGAUGGUCACGAACGCAUAAUGGCCGAUGCGGAAAUCGUUAGCGAAACUCCUGGCGGUCGGGUGGCCAAUGUCAAUAAUUCGUCGGCAAAGACUUUUCUCACAUAUCGACGGGCACGUCCAGACAUGCCAUGCAACGAGCUGGUGGUCACCGAAUUGUGCGUCAUCGUGCAGAGCAAGGGCGAGAGACCGCCGCACGCCUUCUGCCUCAUCUAUAAAACGCUCAACAAGGGCUAUGUGGGCAGCGAUGUCUAUUUGUGCUACAAGAAGUCCAUGUAUCGACCAAAACACAUCAGCUAUAAGCCUGAGAUAUUACUACGAUAUCCCACAGUCGACCACAAUGACUUUCCGCUCAAUUUGUGUGCGAGUGUGCCGCUUUUUUGUCUGCCCAUGGGUGCCUCUCUUGAGGCAUGGCCGCAUGUGAAUGGCACUGAGAAGCGUAAACCCAUCAGUCCGGUAUUUAGCACGUUUGUGCUAACAGUCAGCGAUGGCACCUACAAGGUGUAUGGCUCUGCUUUAACUUUUUAUGAGGAUUUCGAGGAAUCGCAGCUGUCUGCAGAGCAGCGUGAACUGCUGGGCUGGGACGAGGAGUUUGCCAAGCGGCAUUCGCUGCACAUCAUCAAAGCCAUCUGCUUGCUCUCGCAUCACCCUUUUGGCGACACAUUCGACAAGUGGCUAAAGUAUUUGCAUCGCAUGGUCGUCUACGGCGAUAAUAUACCCAUACCCGUGGAGCGUUACAUUACCCAGCUGCUGGAUGAGGUGCCCUUUCCGGCGCCCAGCAUACAUUUGCAAAUGUCCAGCGAAUCAAACGAUCGCAUUCUGCUCACACAACCCGAAGACUCACCGCUGCCACGUAGUGGCGCCGGCUUCUAUAUGCUUCUACAGAAUCUGGGCACAGAGAAUUGUCUGAAUGUUCUGCUUCUAGCGCUCACAGAGCAAAAGAUUCUAAUACACUCGCUUAGACCCGCAACACUGACCGCAGUGGCCGAGGCCAUUGUCUCAUUGGUAUUUCCCUUCAAGUGGCAGUGCCCAUACAUACCACUCUGUCCACUGGGACUGGCCGAAGUCUUGCAUGCCCCACUUCCGUAUUUAAUUGGCGUGGAUUCGCGUUUCUUUGAUCUGUACGAUCCACCCACGGAUGUCACUUGCAUUGAUCUGGACACGAAUACCAUAAGCCUUUGUGAAUCGCAGCGACAUCUGACACCAAAACUAUUGCCCAAGCGUGCCGCCCGCCUUCUACGUCAAACGCUCACAGAGCUGGAGAACGUAAAGCCCAUAAGUUACGAUUCAACCAACAGUCUGGAUCGUGACAUUCGCAAGCGAAAGCGCGAGCUUGUGCAAGAACAACGUAUACAGGAGGCCUUUCUGCUGUUCAUGACGUCGAUAUUACGCGGCUAUCGCGACUUUCUAGUGCCCAUAUCAAAGGCACCCUCCAUUGGUGCCACCGACCCUAGUGCCUUAUUUCAGCUGAAGGCAUUUCUGCGUUCGCGCGAUAAGGCGCACCAGAAGUUCUUCGAGCUACUCAUGAAGACACAAAUGUUCAUACGCUUCAUUGAGGAGCGAUCCUUUGUCUCGGACGGGGAUCACGGACUUACGUUCUUCGACGAGUGCGCAGAAAAGGUGGGCGGCUACGAUGAGACGCCCGCUGAGCUGCAUCUUGUGGACUGGGACACGGGUCACAAUAGCGAACGUACCAAAUACAUAUUUCCGCCAGAUAGUGUGGCGCCCAAUAAGGAUGGGGGCACGUCCUACAGCUACAAGAACUUUACACUCGAUCCCCGAUUGCUGCAGGGCUCGCGUAAAACGGCAAUCUCGAACUUUUUGCAAAUGCAAUUGAAUGCUUCGCUAUCGCCGGGAUCCCCGAUAGCACGUCGCACCAAACACGAGAUAAAGCUGUCGCAAAAAAUGGCCAUGCGCUGUCAACAGCAUCCGGAGGCAUGGUCCAAAUAUUUGCUGGCCACAUGCUACUCCCUGUACUUUUUGAUUCUGCCCUCGAUGGUGUUGGACACACGACAUGCGGGCAAAGAGCAUGAUAUACUGCGUGCAGCCUACGAUGUACUGGAUCGGGCGAGUAAACUGAAGAUCACCUGUGAUGAAUUUUGCUACCGGAUCAUGAUGCAACUUUGUGGGAUCCACAAUCUGCCGGUUCUGGCCGUUCGUCUCCACUACUUGAUGAAGCGUUCGGGCGUGCAGCCGAAUGCACUGACCUAUGGCUUCUACAAUCGUUGCGUGCUCGAGUCCCAGUGGCCCAGCGAUAGCACCACACUUAGCCAGAUCCGCUGGAACCGCAUCAAGAAUGUGGUAAUGGGUGCUGCUCAGUUUCGCCGAGCAGGCAAGCGUCGAGCGGCCGCCAAUGUAUGCAAAUCCCUAUCCGCCUCACACGACCAUAAUCUGAGCACCCUAGAAACUGUCGAUGGUCAAUCGCGUACCAGUCUCGCAUCGUCUAGCUCCUCACAUCUGGAGCGUAUGGGCGGCGGUGCGGAUGCCGGCGUGGCUAGUAGCUCGCUGCUGGACUUUGCCGCCUUCGAUAAGUUGCGCAAUAAAUUGGGCAGCAUUGUCCGCCAGACAGUAACGGGCAAUGUGCCGGAUUCAGUGCCAGCGGACGAUGUCAUCAGCAGUGCAGGAUUGCUCAUAUCUGGUGAGGCGAGUGCCAAUGGAAGUGCGCCCCAUACGCCGCACACACCACGCACCCCCCACCAGAGUCCGACAGCGACUGCGGAUGUGGCGACCACCAAUGGCAAACAGCAGUUGUCCAAGCGGGAAAGCUUUGGCGGCGAUGCCGAGCUCUUGAACAAAAUGUAUGCCGCCAAACAGCAGAUGCAGCAACAACAGCAGCAGCAGCCACGAAAGCAAAUCAUGAGCAUCGGUGAUGGAGAGGAGGACGAAGACGAUGAAGAGGAUGAGUCACAGGACCAUGCCACGCCACAGCAAUCGACAGCGGCAAGCAAUUCGCUGGAGGAACUCGACUAUGCAGCCGACGAGGAUGACGACGGCGAGGAUGAUGAGAACGGGGAUAGAACGCGUAAUCGUGCACGCUGCGUUCAAAGUCCAACCAAGAUCUCGCCACGGACACCCGUCACCCAAAACGAUCCGCUCGGUGCGCUCAAUGAGGAGGAAGUGACGCCCACACAGCAGCCGACAACCCUGCCGGAAACGGCCACGACCCUGAGCAACAACAACAGCAACAUGUACAGCGACAAGCCGAUUCUGUUCCGCGGCCAGCGCAGCGCCACCUUUGACGAGUCCACGCAAAUAGGCAAGAUCAUGCAUCGUUCGGAGACAAUGCCUGUGGCCAGCAGCGGAGUUACACACAGCUUGGCGAAUAUUGGAUCGUCGCUGAAAUUCACUUUCGGACGUUAUUCACCCGCACGAAUGUCCUUUAAGAAAGAUUUGAAAUUGCCCGCCAAUAUUAUAGAAAAUAUUUCGAACAUAAGUCCCAGCCUGACGGGCAAGAAGUCCAACGAACUUAUUCAGGGCAGUCUGAGCAGCAUUAAGUACGCAGCCACCUCGUUGACGCGCAAGUUCGAUGAGAUCAAGGGUGCCAUAUCGGCCAAUACGACGCCGGUUAAGACCAACAAUGCCAGCGGUCCGCACCAUCAUGAGUCAGGGAGCGGAAUGCCUGGUACGGAGGAUCAUGAUAGCAGUGCCCAUGGAGGAUUAAACGAGGAUGGCAAGCUUCGUCGCGUCUCCAGCGAUCUGGAUCCCUGGGGUCGUUUGAGCGAGUCCCGCAAAUCGAGCUACAACAACCUCGUCCCUCUAGGCGAAAAUAGUUCGGGAUCGGCUCUACAUAUGCACGCAUUCCCCGCUUUGCCAGAUAAUCUUUACAGCGCCACAGCGGACUGCGCCAGUGUGCCAGAGUGCGAUGUGCUUAUACAGUUGACGACGUGCUCGCAAUGCCACAACUGCUCGGUGCUUAUCUACGAUGAGGAGAUCAUGAGCGGCUGGACGGCCGAGGACUCUAACUUGAACACCACAUGCUAUGCGUGCAACAAGCUUACCGUCCCCUUUCUAGGCGUACAGAUCACACGCUUCGACGAGGGCCAGAGCAAAACGACCCUAAAUAGUCUGACGGUGCCGUAUCUGAAUCCCUUGGUUCUGCGCAAGGAGCUAGAAAACAUACUGACCCAGGAGGGUGAUAUGGCGCUGAUCAAGCCCAAUUUCGUCGAGGAGCAUCCCAUUAUCUAUUGGAAUCUGCUGUGGCUAAUGGAGCGCAUUGAGAGCAAGACCCAUUUACCAGAGUUAUGCCUGCCCGCAACGGAUGACCAGGAGGAUGUUGAUCCACUGACUAAGGUGAAGACCGUGCAUAUCCAAUGCCUUUGGGACAAUCUGGGACUGCAUAGCGAGGCCAGCGGCCCACCCAUGUAUAUACUGUAUCGAGAGACCCAGCCAACCAGUCCGCUCAUCAAAGCUCUGCUCACCGAUCAGGCACAGCUGAAUAAGAACGUCAUUCAGCAGAUCAUAUCGGCCAUACGCUGCAACGAUCUGGCAACGCCAUUGAAGCGUUUGGCCAACGAACGCCACAAGCUUAAGACCAACGGAGUGGAGCGUUCGCAUUCCUUCUACCGCGACAUACUCUUCCUGGCGCUGACAGCCAUCGGCCGAUCCAACGUCGAUCUGGCCACAUUCCAUCGCGAAUACGCCGCCGUAUUUGACAAGCUAACGGAACGGGAGUGCAAAAUGUAUUAUCGGAAUCAGGACCUGCCGCCAUCGGCCUCGACGAUCUUCUGCCGUGCCUACUUUCGACCUCUGCUGCUGCCCUGACGGGUAGGCGGCGACUUUGAGCAGACGCCCGAUCAUGAUGAUGAUGAUGAUGAUGCCUGAGGAUAAUGCGGUGGCAGAGGUUGACAGAUCCAUAAAAGACAACAACAUUUAAUAUAGGUAGUAGGAGGAGGAGAAUGGGAAAAGGAGAGAAAUCGGCAAGGCGGCGGCCAAAUCAAACAUUUGACCAAAAAACAAAUUUUUUAACAAAAAAAAAGGAUGAAAAAACUAAACGCUUAUCACACAGACAAACAACAAACGCGCACUCACGCUUGUACUCACGCACACCCUUCCGCAUGCACGCACCCACACACACACACAAACAAACAAACACACUUGACAUGCAAAAUAUAUAUGUGAAAAGGAAGGAAGCUCGUAUCUACAUAUGUUAUUAUUAAUUCAUUUUGUUGCACUUUGGCCGCGCAUGUAGAAAUUACUUAACUUUUAAGUACUUAACGAACUUUAGUUCUGUUGGCAGCUGCUUGCUAGCUCGCUCACACACACACCCACAACUUGACAAACAUGGGCAGGCAGCAUAGCGCCAUCUCUAUCUAGCAUAAAACGACUGGUUUCUGUGACAAUACACACACACACACACACACACAAACAUCUACUCUCCCUCACACACAACUUGGACAACAACAAGAUAAUGAGAAUUAGUUUUCUUAAUUAGAUAUAAACAAAUUUAAAAAAAAAACAAAAACAAACAACAACAACUAUGUAUGUAUGUAUGAAUGUACUUUCUACAACUUGACCCUCGUCAUUUGCCUUAUUAUAUAUAAUAUAAUAUUGUAUAACUGAUGCAUGCAUGCACAUACAUGCAUAUGUAUAGUAUGUGUGUAUGUAUGUGUACAUGCAAUUGUGUAUGUGUAAUUAUUAAUUAUGUAGUUUGUAUGUAUGUAUGUCUGUCUAUCGAAACAUUGUCGAGCCAUGUUUGUUGUCUGUUUCUAAAACGCAACAAACAACUGGCCGUAGAAAUCGUUGAGAAACCAAUUAACCAUUCAAACCAAUUUAUCCAAUCGAAUUCAAUCCAACACGUGCAAAUAAUAACAGCAACAAGAGCAACGACAACAAUAGCAACCAGUAGCAAUAUUUUAAUUAUAAUAAUAGAACCAACAACAACAGUAAUUAAUAGUAGGAUGCAACGGAAUCCCGAACCCCGGCACAUUUUGAAGCGACGUAACGUCCCAUUUAUAUACAUAUAUCUAUAUAGUAUAUAUAUUAGAGCACACACACACUCACACACACACAACAAAAACAUGAACAUGAAAAUAAAUACAAGGAACUCGUUUA